GAAGAAAAUGAAUACCUACUAUUCGGAAUACCCCAUCCGUCAGCACUAACUCGAAGAAUCAACGCCACUGAAUAGCGCUACGUUCGAAACAAUGUUCAUGGUGUACCGGUACUUGUGAAAUUAUUGAAAGAAUCCAUCGGCAUCAUGAAAUUAGUGAGAUUUUUGAUGAAACUCAGCCAUGAAACGGUUACGAUAGAACUGAAAAAUGGCACACAAGUGCACGGGACAAUCACAGGUGUUGAUGUCGCGAUGAACACUCACCUGAAAACUGUCAAAAUGACGAUUAAGAACCGAGAUCCCGUACAACUCGAUACAUUGAGCUUGAGAGGAAACAACAUUAGAUACUACAUCCUUCCAGAUUCCCUACCUCUGGAAACUCUGCUUGUAGACGACACACCCAAGGCCAAGGCCAAGAAGAAAGAGGCUGCUCGAGGCGCUGCUAGAGGACGAGGGCGUGGUGGAAGGGGAGCGCGUGGCGGCCGCGGAGGACGAGGCAGAGGAAGAGGCAGGCGAUAAGGGUUUACCCAAAUCCAAUGAGAAUUUUGAAGCAAGUGAAGAAGUAUUUUUUUCUCUUCAAUCCACGUCGGUGAAUCACCAAGCAGUGUUUUAUACUCUCAGACCAAUUUACCAAUGUAUUCUAAUUUAAGUUAUUACACAGAGAAACGAUAAUAUCAUCAACUUGUGUCACUGGUCAACCAAAUUAUCUUGAAGCGAAAUGAAAUUGUUCAUAGCUAAUAAAAUCUUUUUUCAUACAA